AUGUGGAGACACUCCUCUUCCAAAUCCACUGACAGCCACACCGUCGCCCUUCCUGGCGAUGAGCUAGGCGCGACGACCAACAUACACGCUGAGCACCCCACAACGCGUCUUCGCCGAUUGAGACUUAAUAGAGUGAAUUGGGAAAGCCUAGGGCAGCUAUGUGGUCUAUCGGGACAUGAGGCUAGCGGGUUGUUGUGCACCAUGCAGUCUAUAGCGGAAGAUAAGAUCGGGUACACGAUCCGACUAAAAUGCGAUGGCAAAUGUUGGAAGUGUUGUUGCCCAAAUGGAAUGGGACAGAAAAGCAGUCGAUGGGAAGGAUCUGGUCACGGGGAAAGGAAAAGGCAUCAUGCAGGAAUACAUUUAAUGUAA